AUGGCAUCCAAGCUAGAAGAAGACCUGACCUGUGCUGUGUGCUGUGACAUCUACAAUGAUCCCGUGAUGUUGACCUGCUCCCACAGUGUGUGCAAGGCCUGUCUGCAGCAGUUCUGGCACAGCAAGGGCUCCAGAGAGUGUCCCUUCUGUAGGAGGAGAUGCUCCAAGCUAGCGUACCCUCCCAACAUAGUGCUGAGGAACCUGUGUGAGACCUUCUUGCAGGAGAGGAGUCGGAGAGCUUCGGCUUCAGGGUCUGAUGUGCUCUGCGGCCUGCACAGUGAGAAACUCAAGCUCUUCUGUACGGAUGACAAGCAGCCUGUGUGUGUAGUGUGUCGAGACUCAAAGAAACAUAAAAAUCACAACUUCAGUCCCAUAGACGAAGCAGCAGAAGAACGCAAGGACGAGCUCAAGACCAAAUUGCAGCCCUUGCAGAUGAAACUGAAGACUUUUAAAGAUGUUAAACUCCACUGUGACAAAACAGCAGCUCAUAUUAAGACACAGGUUCAUACCACAGAGAGGCAGAUCAGAGAGGACUUUGAGAAGCUUCACCAGUUUCUACGAAAUGAGGAGGCAGCUAGGAUAGCUGCACUGAGGGAGGAAGAGGAGCAGAAGACUCAGAUGAUGAAGGAGACGAUGAAGAGGAUAAGCGGAGAGAUCUCAUCUCUUGCGGACACGAUCAGAGCCAUAGAGGAGGAGAUGAAAGCUGAUGAUGUCACAUUACUGCAGUGCACAAUGCAGAAUCCAGAGAAGCCUUCAGGAUCUCUCAUCAACGUGGCAAAGCACCUGGGCAACCUGAAAUACAGAGUCUGGGAGAAGAUGAAGGAGAUGGUUCAAUUGACCCCUGUGAUUCUGGACCCCAACACUGCCAACCCCUGGCUCAUCCUGUCAGAGGACCUGACCAGCGUGAGAGCGGGGGAGGUGGUGCAGAUGCUUCCCGAUAACCCAGAGAGGUUUGAUUUCUACUCCUGUGUGUUGGGCUCUGAGGGCUUUAACUCGGACAUACACUGCUGGGAUGUGGAGGUCGGGAACGCGCCAUUCUGGAACAUUGGCGUGGUUCUAGAAUCCAUUUUCAGGAAGGGAGAGGGGAACUGUGUGACAGGAGACUGGAGUGUGACCUACCAGGGUGGGCAAUAUCAAACCCGGGCUACCCCACAGCCCCCUACUCUCCUCAGAGUCAAGCAGAAACUCCAGAGACUCCGCGUGGAGCUUGACUGGGAAAGGGGAAAGGUGUCGUUCUCUGAUCUUACCAGUAACACACACCUACGCACCUUCACACACACUUUCACUGAGAGAGUGUUUCCGUACUUUAUAACAGAGCACUUUCCUUUGACAGUCUUGCCUAUACAAGCGCCUUAA